AUGAAUUCAGCGCAGUUUCAACACUUAAAGAUGGAGAAGCCAAGAGGAAUCUUGAAUUUCCAAUCAAUAAGAUCGUUCACGAACUUAUUCAGACUCAUCGAAGCGAUUUUUCUUCUAAUCUUGAUCUCCAAACUCUCUUUCCCAUCUGUGAAACUCUCUGUUGGGAACAUUUUCAAGGAAGCAGCAGUGUUUCUCGUUAGCCCGAGAUUCGUUUUCUUCAUCGGAAACGCAAUUGUAAUUACUCUUUUCGCAAAAUCCGGACGAAACAAAUCGGGCCACGAGCCUUCGAAGACGACAAUAGAAGCUGCAAGCAACGAUCUUUACCAAGAAUUUCUUCACAAGAGUGAGAAGAAGAGAUCCGAAGUUUAUGACAUGAAAAAAGAACAACCGAAGAAGGCGAGUGGAGUGAAAAGGGUUAGUUUCGGGAGAAGCCAAUCGCAGAAAGCGUUUGAGGCGGUUCAGCCGCUGGAGAGUGGGAAAAUCAUGAAGAGGUAUGAGUCGGAGAAGUGUAUGAGGAUUUGUGAUUCGGACAAGAAAGUGUUAGUGAGAGUUAAGAAACAAGAAGAUGGAAUGAGCAACGAGCAAUUUAGGACAAAGAUUGAAGCUUUCAUCGCGAGACAAAAGAGGAUUCAAAAGGAUGAAGAACACUUGAUACUCUAG